GGAGCAGCUCUCUCAUGUUGGCAGUGAGGCUCACCUUCAAAGCUGGGAAAACGUGAUUUCAAGGCCAAGAAAGAAGAGGAAAGGGCUCUCGCCACCGUGACCUUUCACCAUUGCUGGAACUGCAAAUCCGUGGCUGGGCGUCUCUCCAAGGGUCAGUGGUCCAAAACUACCAGCCGCUCCUCGGGAGAAAGAUGGGGAUUUCUACACCUGUAAAGGCCUACAGUUGCAGAAACACCCAGGCUCAGCUCUAAUCUGUCCUGUAGUGUGGCUGUGAGUCAACAUCAACCCCAUAGCAGAAGACUCUGGCCCCAAUGUGGACACUUUUGAGGACCUGACUGACCGCCCUGCCCCAGGUUGUCCCAUCCUGGCCAUCACCAUGGGGCCCGCCGCCGGGAGCGUGCUGGGCAGCAGCGGGCAGAUGCAGAUCGUCCUGUGGGGGAGUCUCGCAGCCAUGGCCAUGUUCCUGCUCAUCACCUUCCUCAUCUUCCUGUGCUCCAGCUGUGACAGAGAGAAGAAGCCAACGCCUCCCGGUGGAGAUCAUGAGAACCUGAUGAAUGUGACAUCUGACAAGGAGAUGUUCAGCCGAUCCAUUACUAGCCUGGCAACCGAUGCUCCGGCCAGCAGUGACCAGAAUGGAGUGCUCACCAAUGGUGACCUUCUUUCAGAAGACAGCACCAUGACCUGCAUGCAACAUUACGAGGAAGUCCAGACCUCGGCUUCUGAUCUCUUGGACUCCCAGGACAGCUCGGGGAGGCCUUCAAAAUGCCAUCAGAGUCGGGAGUUGCCCAGAAUUCCUCCUGACAGCACAGUGGACACGAUGCUCAACACGAGACGUGCAGAUGGGGACCAGGGCCUGGGAAUGGAAGGCCCAUAUGAAGUGCUCAAGGAUAGCUCCUCCCAAGAAAAUAUGGUUGAGGACUGCUUGUAUGAAACAGUGAAAGAAAUUAAGGAGGUGGGCGCUACUCCCCACCCAGAGAAAGGCCACAAUGGCAAAGCCAAGCCGACCCCUGCCUCGAAGGAGCUCCCAGAACCCCAGGCCCAGGGCAAAACAGAGUUUGCGGAAUAUGCCUCGGUGGACCGAAAUAAAAAGUGCCGACAAAGUGUGAAUGCAGAGAUCGUUCUUGGAUGCUCGCGUGAUGCGGAAGAGGAAGCCCCGCCCCCUGUCCCUGUUAAACUUCUGGAUGAGAAUGAAAGCCUCCAGGAGAAGGCAGAGACACCGCCACAAGACGACGGCGCCAACGAGCUGACCACUGAAACUAACAAGAGAUUUAGUUCACUGUCGUACAAGUCUCGGGAAGAGGACCCGACCCUCACAGAGGAAGAAAUCUCAGCCAUGUACUCGUCAGUGAAUAAACCAGGACCGUCGCUGCAGGUGCCGGAAGCCACCUACACCUGUAUUCAAGACGGAGCCCCCCAGCGAUCCCCCUCGUCCUGUAGCGAUCUCUAUGCUACUGUGAGAGACUUUGAGAAAACGCCCAACAGGGUCAGCACCCCUCCCCCGGCCGAGGGCCCCAGCGCGGAGCCCGAGCCGGAUUACGAAGCGAUCCAGACUUUACCCAGAGAGGAGGGGAAGGCCAGCCAGGAGAGCCCCUGUGUCCAGGGCCCGGUCCCCAGAGAGAACGAUUAUGAGAGCAUCGGGGACUUACAGCAGAGGAGAGACAUCACCAGACUCUAGCGAGCCAGGACUCCAGUGCCAUGUUGCCCGCCCCCUGGGGACAUGGCUCCUCUGGGAAAUGGCAAGUGAGGUACACCGACUCCUUUGAUGCUGCUUUCGUACACCGAAGACCCCUGGAGAUGCCGCGCCGCUUUCCCCAACGUUUUGAAAGAGUGAGGUACCUUCCUGGCCACACCCAAGUCUGCAUCUGCCUGCCAGGGCACGGACAUGCACACCCACACACAUCAUGCCCCCCUCACCCUCUGCAAAAGUCCGUGCUGGACGCUGGUCUCAGCCUGUCACCGAGGAACACCAGAAUCAACGCCUGCCUAGUGCCGUCCACUCAGAAGAUCCAGGGUUGGAUUUCCUCCUUCCCUUAUGUGCUCUUUAAAAUGGGGGGUCCUCUUUCCCCUUGAAUUCUUUGCAUUUGUGUGGUUCAUUCCAAGGAAAUUCUUCCACAGGCUUGGUUUGGGCCUCCCACCUGGAUAUCUUAGUUCGGGGAGAACCUGGGGCUCGUGUCUCUCCCCCACCACUCCUCUUCUAAGAGCUGCCCCGGUGGUGCCGGGGCAGCUGAAUCCCACAGGUGACUGGGCCUGGUGCAGCCAUCUCUAGAGUCCCUCUACUGUCUGUUCUUCACAUUUGGUGUGUUACGUCAACAACCUCUCCCAAGUUGUUUUAUUUUUCUAAUCAACCCCCACCCCCACCCCCACACGACUCAGUGUUUGAAUCCUCUUCAGAGAGUUUUCCGUAUUUCCAGUGAGUAUUACAAUACUGCUACACUUGCUUGAGCCCAGAGCUCACUCCUUCCCAUCAGAGAGCCUUAAUCUUUACGUUGGAGCACAGGCCCCGUGUGUGGACAAGGUCUUGCUGUCUGUCUGUCCUCCUGUGAAGACCUAUUGGACAUGAGUGUGCAUUUCACACGAUCUCUGCUGCCUACCCCAACAGAGUGGAAUUUCUUAAAUUCACCACUACCCUAAGGUAAUUAAUCUAUGUCAGAGUGAAAUGUAAACCUUUAUUUUUGUUAUAUAAAUUUAUAAACUGUU